AUGACAGCAGGCAAGAACAAGAGAGUUGUGAAGAAGGGUAAGGCCAAGAAGACCACUGAUCCAUUCGCAAAGAAGGAGUGGUUCGAUGUUUAUGCUCCACACCCAUUCAACAAGAAGAAGGCUGACCCAUUCACCAAGACCCCAAUCAAUAAAACCGCUGGUACCAAGAUCUCAACAGAAGCUUUGAAGGGAAGAGUCUUUGAAAUUUCAGCAGCUGACUUGAUGAACGAAGAGGAACAACAACAUCAACUUGUCAGAUUGGCCGUUGGUGAUGCCAAGAGCGAUACCAAGAAGGCAUUGACCGUUUUCAACGGUUUGAGAUACACCACUGAUAAACUCAGAUCAUUGGUCAAGAAGUGGCACACACUUAUCACAACCAGAAUCAACGUCAAGACUGCUGAUGGAUUCCAAAUGAGAGUUUUCGCUUUGGGUAUUACCAAGAGAAGACAAUUGCAAAUCGCAAAGAGAACCUAUGCAUACAAGUCUCAAGUCUUGAGAAUCACCGCAAGAAUGAAGGACAUCAUUAACAAGAAGGCCACUUCUUCACCAGUUAAUGACUUUGUUGAAAAGGUUGUCAACGGAUCAUUGGGUAAGGAAAUUGAAAAGUCUUGUGCUUCCAUCUUCCCAUUGAAGGAUGUCUGUAUCUGCAAGAUUAAGGUUACCAAGACUCCAAAGGAUCUUGCUUCCGCUCUCCAUUAA